GCCCGCGGUCGAGUGCAGACGUGUGUGUAUAACUGCCCGCCGCGGCCCGCGCCUUGUUCAACUCGUCAUGCUGCCGGUGCGAAGCUGGCCGCAGUGAGAACCAUAUUUUCAGAUAUGCUCCAGUCUUUAUUACAGCCAAGAGAUAAUCAGCGAUCGAAGAUGAUUGGCGCAAUGCCCGCAGUAGCCGUGCGGCAUGAGCGGCGGCGCGCGGAGAAGCGGGCCGGCCGGCGUGCCAGCACGCUGCCCGGCCGGGACGACGAUGCUGAGGUGGGCGGGCCCUGCGUGCGCGCCGAGCUAUACAAGAUACUAAAGCUGGCGGCGCUGUACGGCGUGGUAUGCUUCUCGCUGCUGGGUAUCGUGUUCCUGGUGGUGGGGCUGGUGCAGCUGUCGCCGCGCGCGGAGGCCGCUCAGCAUCGCUACUCCCUCAUGGGCACCGGCGGCACCAUGCUCGCUCUCGCUGUUUCCCUCUCCUUGCUGCGAUGCCUCGGUAUACACUGGUACAAGCGUCAAUUCGAAGAAGACGACGAUGUCUCGGAGCAGGGAGCACACCAGAAUGGGGUCGCUGACAGACAUGGCCACGUCGACCAUAAGACCGGACAAGUCGAACAUAAGACCGGCCAUAACGACCACAAAGCUGACCACAAGACGGCCAACGAGAAGCCCAAACUCAAGACCCAGGGUAGCGUCGGUCGCGACCUAGACCACGGCAAACAGCCAGCUGUCAGCGACACUUAAACAUUUGUCUAUCGAAUAACAUAUUUCGAUAUAACGUACCGCUCUUUACUGUUAACAUCCAAUGCGGAUUUUGUGGCCCUUGUUGGGCUACUUGCCCAAGAUUCGGUGUAUUGUAAAUAGUAUCGUGUCGAUGUCUAUUAUCUGAAUGUUUUACGCGAGAAUGUACUGCCGGUAUCUGUCCGAGCGCAGUCUAGAUCACUCCAUAUCAAAUAUUAUCUACGGAAUGCCUUUUGCGCAUUAAAAUUGUGAGAUCUUGAUGCUUUCAAAACGGUUGCCGAUAAAAAAAGACAAAUGAGAGAAAUGACAUUUGACAGUUCUGUCACUGUCAGUCUGAAUGAUCAUAGAGUAACAAUGUAAUAGAGAGGCAAGAAAACAAUUUUGAUUUCGAAAUGUGCAAGAGGCAUUUAAAAAUAAAUAUACAAUAUUGGUGUAAGCUAGUCUAAUAUUGAUGUUGUUCGCUCAUUCAUAUUGUACUCGAUGUACUAAAUGUAUACUCUAAAUCUAGCACUAUACAUGUUAACGUAUAACUGUAUGGUCUAUCUAUUUUCGUGCGUUGGAUAGAUUAAAAGACACCACGAAUCACCGUUCAUAUAUGUGUGAUGAAACAACUUAAAUAAAUUGAAAAUCAGUUUGUCACAACGCACGAUCUUAUGAUAGGAAAAAAAUCAUGUGUAUUUUAUGUGUCUAAAUAUAGAGCAUAAUAAGUGUCUACGAUAUACUAUACUAUAUGUAUGUAAUUAUAACUAAUCAUUACAUCACCUUAAAUUACAUGUAUCUUAUCUCUUCUUAUACUAAUCUAUGAUUGAAAACUUGGAUCCGAUUGACCAUUUUCUUUACGAUGUUUUAGUUUUUUCAAUGAAUUUUAUACGAGAACAUUUAAUGUCUUACAUAUCAUUUUUAUAAACCCCUUUUUAUUAUUCGCUAGACGAUUUUAAUCAGUUAUUAUAUAUCCUACUCAUUAACAAAAUUCAUCCAAAAUAUUCCAACUGUACUAUAUUUUGUGACGUUACUUUAAAUAUAUUUUUGAGAUGUUUACAAUUAAAAAUAAAUCCCGAUUUAUAUUUGCUUUGAUAUAUUGGCAAUGAAUUAUAUGAAAAUUAAUAUUCUAUAUCUGUUCUCGGACCACGCUUAUAAAAUUGUAGCAUUUAUUAGCCGCCAUUUUGAUUGCAAGCUUCGCCGUCCGUUUGGAUAAGUGUCCAGUAAACGUUGAAUUUUAAAUGUAACGUUUAUUUUACACAGCGCUCUGGGAAUCGUCUUUUGUUUACUCUGUGAAUUAAAAAAGUUAAUAAAAAAUGUGUUUGAAAUGUAAAUU